AGCCGCAGGAGGUUGGCGUCCGUCGCACCCUCGUUGUGUGAAUGUCUUCCUCCUCGAGUUCUUCCUCUUCCGCUGCUGCUGCUGCUGCCGGUCCAGGGUCUCGACGUAGAUCGGCCUCCAUCGGCAGCACGCACCAGACUGAGACCUUACCGGACUUCCUUUCCCGCUCGUGGCAUCGUAGCUUCAGCGAUGUCCCGAUUGAGGAUAAGAUACGUACAGCAGACAGGAUGAUACAGCGGCUCAUGGGCUGGGACCCUUCGGAGAAUCCUCUCAUCGAGUUCCUCUACGACCCUAAGACCGGCAACCUCACUAAAGCAGUCUUGGACGUUGAGGCCUUCCACCGACGACAGGCUGCCGCGUUCCAAGGGAUACUGGGGGUUUUGGGUGACAUCGCUGACCCGUCAGAAGUGGAGAAACUCCUCAGAAUGGACGUCAAUGUAGAGCCCACCAGGCCUGCGGGUCUCCGAGAGAAGAAUGAAGCGACUAUUCCCAAUGGUGUUCAGCCGCCUGAGGACCACUCAGUGGCCAAGUUGGCUAUUGAGGGGGCCAGGCUCUCUGUACCAUCCUCUAAAAUACCCUUCCUCGUGGGAUCUGAUAGCGAAGAGUGCCACUUUGAUAUCUCGUCAUUGAUGGACUUCAGCGACCAGCGAGGCCCCACAGGAGAGCCUAUCGUCCACGCAGUCCACUGCGCUAUCGAUAGAAAUACCAACGGAGGAUGGAUAUUGAGGAACUACGGUGGAGGUACAUUCGUCGAUGGGACACCAGUUCCCAGAGAUGCUAUUGCACCGCUCCGGCCUGGAAGUCAGAUUCAGAUCCAUUACCUCACGUUUAUAUUCUUUCCAAUUGAGAGCUAGACCAAACCGG